AUGGACGAUUACCGGGCCGCUUUUAUCUUCCUUGGUCUUAUGCAGCUGAUCGGUGGCCUUAUGUCACUUCUGGCCAUCUUGGGAGGUCAACGCGAGCGCUAUCGGAAUUCCAUUUGCUGCCGCCUUUGUCUGGCGCCAUUCAUCUCUCAUUCUCUCCCGCAAAAUCAAGCAACUUGUCUUCUCUCAGAGGCACCGACUGAGAUGAUUGUCGUGGACAAUGAUUCAGUUUGCGAUGAUUCCGAACAAACUGACAUUCAUCGGCGUUAUUUCAGCCCCUCAAAGAUAGGUCCCUUUCAGAUCCCUGAAGAAACUGCUGAGGAUCCCCCUCUUGGUUCAACCUAUCUCUCUCAUCGGCUUGAAACUGAGUCCCAUGAGUUAUGUUCUAAACUCGAGACUGGAACCAUCCAUCCUGACAAUUUUUUAAGGGAGAAUGAAGUAGAAGUGUUAGAUCUACAAACAAAGUGUCAUUCGGCCUUAGGAAUCUCCAGUCUAUUGUCUUCCAAUAAACAUAAACUAUUGCCUCGGGAUUAUAACUACUCAGAGGGAGGGGAGGCGGGGAUAUGUUUUCAUGGUAAAGGAGAGGAGGAGAUGUUAAUUAGGCCUGAGGUGAAUGGAACUGUGAAUAAAGUAAACGUAUAG